AAGGAAGUGUUCAGAGUGACCUCAGCGUUGUGCUGGUCAGACUCAAGACAAGAGAGCAAAGGUUUCGAAUGUGGGGGGGAAAAAAACAAACAAACCCAAAACACAUUCACAGUAAUGAUUGAUUAAAUAACAACACCGCAAUUAUGAGCGGUUUUACAAAGAGGACGAGCGCGGAUUGUUUGCAGCUGGGGUUCCCUCUUGCACCGGGAGACCUGGAUGUAACGACGGAUGAGAUCGAGACCAGGAGGAGGGAGCACUGGAAGCUGCUGGGCAGUCUGAAGACCACCGUGGAGGGGCUGCUGUCCACCAACAACCCCAACGUGUGGUCCAAGUACGGGGGGCUGGAGCGGCUGUGCAAGGACAUGAACAACAUCCUGAGCCACGGUCUGCUGCACGACGAGGUUUACUGCAAGCAGAAGGACUACUGGCACUUUGUGUGGAGUGUCCGCUACGUCAGCCCGCAGCUGGCACCGCACGUCGACCAGUUCAUGAACCUGGAGGAGAGGAGCCCGAGGCCUGGCCUGCAGCCCAGCGAGCGACACAAGGCAGAGCGCUGGCUUCACCACAGCCUGCAGUUCCACUGCCUGUCUGCACAGCUGCGACCCCUGCUGCACCAGCGCAGCUACACUCGCAAAUUCUACACAGACUCUGCGUUCCUGCUGAGUGACCCCCACGUGACGGCCAUGUUCCAGUGUCUGGAGGCUGUGGAGCAGAACAGCCCCAAGCUGCUGGCUCUGAUCGACACGGCCAUGCUGGCCCGCAGGAAAGAGUCCCCUCUGCUGCUGAUGAAGAGUCAGAGUCUGCUGGCCUUUCCUGGGUCUGUAGGUGUCCUCCCACUCAACGGGGUACAGCGCAGAUACACCGCCUCCUACAGCAGCCAGCGAGCAGGACAGUGCAGCACCCUGCCUAGCACAGCAGCCGAUCAGUUUGGGAGCCACAUGGAGCGCUCCGGUGCUGCCGAGUCUUGGCUCUGUGCAGACAGAGGAAUCGGCACGCUGUCCCCUGGAUUGCCCAGCGUCUCUGUCACUGAGCCCGCCACUCCGGCAGGCAGCGUCCCGGCCAUCCACGCCCCAGAGGACUGCCCUGAGGACCUCUGCGGAGAGCUAGAUGACGGGCCGGAGUACCUGGCCAUCGGAAACCUGGGUCGGCGCUGCCACGCCUCCCACAGUAGCAGCACUGGGAGCACUGAAAGCAAUGGAAGCGUGAAGGGGGACCCUCUGGCUGUAACCGCACCCUCGUCCCUGAGGUCCGCCCUCCUCAGCCUGCCCCCACGGCGCUCCAGCUUCUCUGAGGGACAGGGAGCAGAGAGACCAGGUGGGGCCAGGAAGUGCCACGCCCGCUCACAUUCGGACACAGGAGUCACACAGGCGCGGGCGCCAGGAGGACACCGGGACAUCACUAUUAUAAUUGAGGACCCCUUGGCAGAGUCUCUCCCCGAGGUGCCCAGUGUGAUGGUGUACGGUGCCUUCUCCACGCACAGCAGCGAGGUCAGCACGCCCAGCUCCCUCUGCAUGGAGUCCGAGGACUCCCAGAUCAGCAGUGUGUCGGACAGCAUGUUCCGCAGGCCCCUGGAGGGACAGUCUCUCAUCAGCUACCUCUCUGAGCAGGACUUUGGCAGCUGUGCUGAUCUGGAGAAGGAGAACGCUCACUUCAGUAUCUCGGAGUCUCUGAUCGCAGCGAUUGAGUUGAUGAAGUGUAACUUGCUGAAGCGCGGGGGGCUGGGCUCCGAGGGGGAGGGCGAGGAGGAGAACGACCGCGAGAUCCAGGAGCUCAAACAGAAGAUCCGGCUCCGCAGGCAGCAGAUCCGCACCAGCCGCCUCCAGCCUCCCCCGCCACACUCCCACAGCGCUUUUAGCACCACUGACAGCGGAGGUUCCCAGCACAGCUCCCAGGAGUCCCUGCUACACUCAGACUCCGGUUCCAUUGAUGAGGUGGAGCAGUGCGAGCUGAAAGAUGGUAAUGAUGGAUCUAACCUGAUUCUAAUGUCCAAGAGCGGACUGUCUUUAUCCAUGGCUUCGUUGUUCUCAGAUGCUGAUAUUAAGAGGAGCCUGACCUGCUGCAGUGGCAAGUCCUUGCUCAACUCGGAGUCCAUCUCUCACUCCUUUCUGCAGUCGAGCUCUGCCGAGUCGGUGGCGAUGGGGUUGCUGCGGCAGUUUGAGGGGAUGCAGCUCCCUGCUGCCUCUGAGCUGGACUGGCUGGUCCCAGAGCACGAAGCCCCACAGAAGCUGCUGCCGAUCCCCAACUCGCUGCCGAUCUCCCCGGACGACGGCGAGCACGCGGAUAUCUACAGGCUGCGGAUCCGUGUUCGAGGAAACCUGGAGUGGGCUCCUCCUCGACCACAGAUCAUCUUCAACAUCCACCCCGCGCCCAAGAGGAAGGUAGUGGUGGCCAAGCAGAACUACCGCUGUGCAGGCUGUGGGAUCCGCACAGACCCCGAUUACAUCAAGCGUCUGCGCUACUGUGAGUACCUGGGGAAGUACUUCUGCCAGUGCUGCCACGAAAACUCCCAGUCCGUGGUGCCCAGCCGCAUCCUUUGCAAGUGGGACUUCAGCAAGUACUACCUAAGCAACUUUUCCAGAGACUUGCUGGCCAAGAUCUGGGGUGACCCCCUCUUCAACAUGCAGGACAUCAACAGCGCCCUGUACAGGAAGGUCAAGACGCUGGAGCAAGUGCGGCUCCUGCGAAUGCAGCUGGUCCACAUGAAGAACAUGUUCAAGACCUGCCGGCUAGCUAGGGAGUUGCUGGAGCAGUUUAACCGGGAGCCGGGUCACCUGACUGAAGACCUGCACCUGUACUCUCUGAGUGACCUGAGCGCCGUGCGCAAGGGAGAGCUGCCCCCCCGCCUGCGAGAGCUGGUGCGCCAGGGAGCCGCACACGUGCACAGCUGCGUGCUGUGCCAAGCAAAGGGCUUCAUUUGCGAGUUCUGUGGGAAUGACAAGGACAUCCUCUUCCCAUUCGAGCUCAAUAAGUGCCAGCGCUGCGAAGAGUGCAGUGCCUGCUAUCACAAGGACUGCUUCCGCUCGGAGGACUGUCCGAGGUGCAGCCGCCUCGCUGCACGCCGUGAGCAGCUGGCCAUACAGAACAUGGAGCACUAUGAGGAGGAGGAGGGGGGGAGUGAAGGCAGUGAGGAGCAGGGAGGGGGCUCAGACAGGGGCAGGGGGGGCAGUGAAGAGAGAGACUGAGACCCGGAGAACAUGGCUGUCACAGCACCAACCCUACAGAGCCCCCCCUCCGUACACUACCCCUCGCUCUGCACAGCAUCACAACGCACUGAGCUAUACCGUGAGCACAAGCCUAUAGACUUAGACUUCAGUUCAGACAUGCUGCUUUACAUGACUUUACUGAAGUCUUCAUGUGCUGCUUUAAUUACUCUUUGUUGAAGAGUUAUACCAUAGACUGCUGAAGCUGCACAUUACUCUGAGAAGCUGUGCUGCCUAACACAACUGUUUCUCCCUGAGCACCAGCAGCAGGCUCUGGAUUGGCGCUUCACUCGCAGAUCUCCUUUCCUGUUCAUGCUUCAAACCCGCGUAUAUAAAUCUAUCCAGACGGUCAUUUCUGUUGCAGCAGAGCUUCCUGUAGGGUCUCAAUGAGGGCUGUGUGCACCAGAGGGGGUUGUGCGCCCCCCAGAUUGCACAGCAAGGAGAGACCAGGGUUCGAAUUCAGCUGGACUGGAUGAAACAGAUAUUUAAAACACUGACUUUUUUUAUUUAUUUAUUUAUUUAUUUCAUUUUUUGGGGGAGGGAGAUUUCACAAUACUUUGACCUGAAGCAGAUCCCCAGACAGUUGUACUGUUGUUCAUUUGCAGGGUUUUAAACAUCCCAUUGCUGUGUCGCUAUGGGGGGGCUCUGCUUGGGUGUCAUGAGGCUGGGUCAGCCUCUGCUGGCUCUUUGUGGCUCUGCGUUCGUGGCAGACUCCUUGUCUGGUUCUGCAAAGGUCGUGGGUUUGAAGAAAUGAUAUCGAAAAAAGUAUAUAUGAGUGUAUUUCUAAUCAGGGUUGCGUUUUGUAGUAAGAGGCUCUGCGUGCCUUGAUGAAGCAGGAAGAACACGGAGGGUGUGCUGAGAGUACAAGCAAUCACGGGAAGCAGUCCCUCUCUCAGGAGGGAUGGAAGCCCACUUCUCACCCGCAGACACUGAACUACCAUUCCGAGAUGAGUUUCUCAAACAGACAGGACUGUGCAAGCCAUCGAAACAGUCAGACCCUGCUGAAUCUGCUUUGAAUGGACCAGAUCUGUCCAAACAGGAGCAGUUUUAUCAUGGGCCAGUGCACUUGAUGGACAGCUGGAAAUCCCAGUAAUUUAAUUAACAUGGCAAUGUUUCAAAAGAAUGCAUUGCUCUGUUUGUCUGUAAAACAACUCUGCAUUCACCCGAUGAAGCCUGCAAUGCAAGCCAGUGGCUCCCUACGCUUUAUAUGCACACCGGCUGUCCAAACUUCCAACCCAUAGAAGGAAGACAACCCGACAUCGCAGUGGGGGACUGCUGUUGAAACCGAAUGGCCAUGGAGCCGUCCUACGAAGUUUGAGGCUUUCUUUUUUUUGGAGGGGGGUAGGUCUGGGUUACUACUAAGUUACUUUGUAAGCUCCCAAGUGGAGCAUGAGAGUUAUCUAGUGUUUCUUAGGUUAUAUCUUGUUUAUUUUCUUUGUCAUAUGGAAAGGCACCUUUUAGAGCUCCUUCUCUUUGCUCGCACAGUAUGAUGGGGUCCUCAUGAAAACAAGACUUUACAUGCUGUUCCUGUCCAUUAGUGUUUGUUUUUUUCGUGCUCUGCAGUCUCUGCUCCAGUGUGAACAGGAACGGCACUGAAUGUGAUUGGAUAGUGAAAAUGCAUCAGUUAAUUCAGUAUUGAUGUUAAACACUAAAUUAAGUUAGGUGAAAAAAUACUUUCAGCCGUAUUCAAAGUUUUUAGCAGCUUCCACAACUUAUUUUUCUAAUUUAUAUACAAUAACUAAUAUUGCAUUUCUACUAAAAGUUGUUUGAAUCAAAAGGCCCUGUGUUUUUUUUUUUUUAGGGCCAGUUGCUCAGCUGAAGUUGGAAGUGGAAUCCAUAUUUACUGAAGUGUCUGCUCUGGCAGAUGGCCAAUCUGCUAUUGAGAGUUUAACCCUUCCCUUUUCCCAGGUGAAACCAAGAAGUUCACUUUAUAUGAAAAGCAAGCCUGUAGUAAAGUUCUCCCACUAUUAGAUUGGCGCUCCUGGGAGUCCACCUCUAGAUCCUGGGUCCUGUCGGUACAGAGGGAGGUGCAUCUUCUAGUAAUGUUUUGCACAAUGAAUCUAUAGAAGACCCCAGGGACUCUCUCCGUGUGAUUGGUUAUGAGAGUCAGUGUGUGUGGGAGUGAAGGGGAGUUUUCACAGUGCAGCUGAGAGUGUUGAACACUGAUGAAGCUGUGUGGCAGCUUUGCCAUGAACAUUAAAAUACAUAAAAGCAAACUAUAUGUAGAAGCAGGGCAAGCUGAAAGUUGUGCAAUUCACUUUUUAAUGUGUAUGUUUUAGCAGCUGAAUGUGUGAAUAUCACUAAAUGUCCUGGAACACAGCUGCCAACGACCAAACGAGGCUGCAUUGCUGCGCCCGCUCUGUGGACAUAGCUUUCCAGUGGCGCACAGCCUCUUGCUCACCCUGGUGUAUGUAAUACAGAAGCAGUAUUGAACUAUUUUAUAUCUGACUAAUUCUGUUGUGUGUGUGUGUG